AUGACCGGUCUUGAUCUUAUCCUAGGUUUGGACUGGUUAUCUAAGAACCAUGUUCUGCUCGACUGUUCUGUAAAAUCGGUGUACUUUAUGCCGAAAGAUACAAAAGGGCCAGUUGUGUUGAAUAGUUAUUACUUGAACUUUAUGAUGGUGAAUUGUUCUGGGACCGAGUGUCAGGGUAUUUUGUUGUUAACCGCAGGUGUUUUGGGUGAUGAUCAAAGCUUGGAGAAAAUUCCGGUUGUGUGUGAGUUUUCAGAGGUGUUUCCCGACAAUAUUGAUGAAUUUUCACCUAACCGAGAGGGGAUAGCUGUAGAUCCUUCUAAGGUGGAAGCAGUGAUGGAGUGGAGGCAACCAACCUCAGUAACUGAGAUAAGGAGUUUUCUGGGCUUAGCUGGCUACUACCGGAGGUUCAUCAAGGGCUUUUCGCAAAUAGCCUUGCCGUUGACAAGGUUAAUCCGCAAGGAUGCGCCGUUUGUUUGGGCUCUUGAGUGUGAGGAGAGCUUUCAAGCAUUGAAGUGA